AGGAAUACCUCAAACCAGUGAUGUUUUGGAGACUAUAAGAAGUGUUUAUGAACAUUAUAAUUCGAGCAACGAAUGUGGCGAAGCUAUGAAAGCCACUAGUAAGUGUGAUUUGGAUUUGUAUCUAGAGGAGCCGGUCUUGGCACGCGAAGAGAAAUUCAAGGUGUUGAAAUGGUGGAAAGCUGAAAGUGCAAAGUACCCAAACGUGUCCAAAGUUGCGCGUGAAGUUUUGGCUAUUCCGGUCUCGGUUGCAACCUCGUACGAUGCUUACUAUCAUGUUGAAAACAGACACCCGGAUGUUUCUAUAGUUACCAUGGGGCCUCAGUUGAUGAAUGCCAUCACGUGUUGCAGAAGCUGGAGGCCUGGGAAGCCCAUGCCGACUUUAGAUAUGGACGUCGUCUUCCUCACUGCUGGUAAUGGUGAGUGUGGUUCAUAUUCCACUCGGGCGGGGCAGAUCCGGUCGAGAAGGUCCAUUCAUCCAACGGCGGCUGAUGACGCCCAGAAUACCAACGGAAAUGAUUCCAUUCAUUGUGAGUGUGGAAGAAAUGGCAAUGCCGAGGUGGAUCCUAUGGAAGAUGAUCAUGGAAGUAAUGAUGGUAAAGUUGAAGGUGGAAGUGAUGAUGUGGAAGAUGAAGAUGGCAGUGAUGAUGUGGUGGAAGAUGACGAGGAAGAUGGCAGUGAUUAUAUGGAUGAUGAAUAUGAGGCUAUUAAUGCAAUACUGAUGCAGCGCUAUAUUGCCAACAUCUUCAAUCCUAAAGAAAUUGAAAAGGAAUGCUUGAAAUUGUUUGAAAAACAAAAGGCUGAUGUUAAACACACUUUGAAUAACAUGGGCCGACUCAUUCCUCUCUCUGUUGACAUCUUAAGUGACUACAAGCCUUCUGGGGAGAUCAUUGACUACGUACGUUUGGCAGCAAACUUUGUAGAUGACGAAUGGAAACUGAAGAAAUGGGUUCUUCAUUUCCGGCUAUAUGAUGUUUGGAAUUCUGAUUUUAUUGAUGCAGUAAUUGUGAAAACAUUGGAUGACUACACCCUCAUAGGUAAGGUCCAUACUCUCACCUCCCGCGAUGCUGAUACCAUUGACGAAACCAUUGAAUCUAUUGAAUCUCAAUUCAAAGAGAGGAAUAUGAUUCCAUCUGAAACUCGCCUUUUUCACAUUAGCUGUUGUGCUGAAAUGCUUGGUUUAAUGGCCGAAGAUGCAUUCGAAGAGAUAUCCGACAUCAUCAGUAUGCUUAAGGAACUGUGUUGGUCAAAAUCAGAAUGCAUGUGGCACUUGACAAAUAAAAAAAUAAAAGAUGUUUUGGACUUGGAUGCUCUCGGAGAAUUCAGUUCAGCGUCAGUAACUGAUCACUAUUCUGUUCCAUCUGCGGAGGAGUGGGAGAAAGUUCGAGCUGUCCAUAGACUGGUUGAACAUGCCAAUGCUGCGGCAAACAAGGUUUUCUUGGUGAAAAGUUCAACUGCCAACUUAUUUCUGUAUCAUCUCCAAGAGCUUCGUUCAAGUUUACUUGCUGAAGCAGCUAAACCAGAUGCUUUCAUCCUCAAGAUUGCAAAGAAAAUGGUCGAGAGGCUUGACAAGUACAUGAGACAAAAUUACCUGGCCUUGGCGAUUACGUCCAUGAUGGACCCACGUUGCAAGAUGCAAUACGUGGAUGAAGUUUCGACAAAGUUUGAAACCACAGAUGGCAUAUUGCAACACACUGCUCUCUUGGAGGCUGUUCGGAGGGUUUAUUCAGAUUACUCUUCGGAUGGCACCACGCCGAAUGAUUUGGAUGUGUAUCUGGAGGAGCCUGUCUUAGCAUGGGACGAGAGCUUCGACGUGCUACAAUGGUGGAAGUCCAUAGGUGGUCCCAAAUACCCGCACAUGUCUAAAAUGGCGCGCGAUAUUCUGGCCAUUCCAAUGUCGGUUGCAACUUCUUACGAUGCUUAUUAUUACAUUGAGAAUAGACCUGCAGAUCGCCGUGUCAUAACUUCUGGGCCUGAAGCGAUGAACACUAUGAUGUGUUCUUGGAGCUGGAAGCUUGGGAAGUCUGGAAAUGGUUCCAAGGAGAGUGAAGGAAAUGAUAGCGAUGAGGUGGAUUCCGAGGAAGAUGGUAAUGAUGAAAUGGAAGAUGAACAUGAAAGUAAAGAUGACGGUGGCAGUGAUGGUAUGCAAGAUGAAGAUGUAAGUGAUGGUGUGGAAGAUGAAGAUGGAAGCGAUGAUAUGGAAGAUGAAUUCGAUGCCUUCAAUGACACAUUAAUCAGUAUCUUGAAUCCUAAAGCAAUACAAAAUCGUUGUUUGAAAAAUUUUGAACAAUCAAAAGCUGAGGUUAAACGCACUUUAAACAACAUGGGCCGACUAAUUCCUCUCUCUGUUGACAUGUUAAGUGACUACAAGCGCUCUGGCGAGAUCGUUGACUAUGUAUGUUUGGCAGCAAACUUCAUCGAUGACAAUUGGAAACUGAAGAAUUGGGUUCUUCAUUUCAGGCUAUAUGAUGCUUGGAAUUCUGAUUUUAUUGAUGCAGUAAUUGUGAAAACAUUGGAUGACUACAGCCUCACAGGUAAGGUCCAUACUCUCACCUCCCGCGAUGAUGAUACCGUUGACGAAACCAUUGAAUCCAUUGAGUCUCAAAUCAAAGAGAGGAAUAUGCUUCCAUCUGAAACUCGGCUUUUUUGCGUCAGCUGCUGUGCUGAAAUGUUUGGUUUAAUGGCCGAAGAUGCAUUUGAAGAGAUAUCCGACAUCAUCAGUAUGCUUAAAGAACUGUGUUGGUCAAAAUCAGAAUGUAUGUGGCACUUGACAAACAAAAAAAUAAAAGAUGUUAUGGAGUUGGAUGCUCUCGGAGAGUUCAGUUCAGCAUCGAUAACUGAUCACUAUUCCGUUCCAUCCGCGGAGGAGUGGGAGAAAGUUCGGGUCGUUCAUAGACUGGUUGAACGCGUCAAUGACACGGCAAAAAAGGUUUUUCUGGUAAAAAACUCGACUGCAAACUUGUUUUUGUAUAAUCUUCAAGAGCUUCGUGCAAGUUUACUUGCCGAAGCAGCUAGUCCCGAUGCUUUCACCCUCAAGAUUGCAAAGAAAAUGGUCAAGAGGCUUGACAAGUACAUGAGACAAAACUACCUGCCCUUGGCGAUUGCGUCUGUGAUGGACCCACGUUGCAAGAUGCAAUACGCGGAUGACGUUUCGACAAAAUUUGAACCCACGGAUGGCAUAUUCCGACACGCGGAUCUCUUGGAGGCUGUUCGGAGGGUUUAUUCAGAUUAUUCCUCUUCUUCUGAUGGAACAACGGCGAAUGAUCUGGACAUGUACCUGGAAGAGCCUGUCUUACCAUGGGAGGAGGAGGAGAGCUUUGAUGUGCUGAAAUGGUGGAAGUCCAUUGGUGGUCCCAAGUACCCGAACGUGUCCAAAAUGGCACGAGAAAUUCUUGCCAUUCCCAUGUCGGUUGCAACUUCUUACGAUGCUUACUAUUACCUCGAGAACAGACCCGUUGAUCAUCGCGUCAUAAAUUCCGGGGCUCGGGCGAUGAAUGCGAUGAUGUGUUCUUGGAGCUGGAAGCUUGGGUAGUCUGGUUCGACUAAUCCAUUAUUAUCCGUAUUUUUGUUAUUAUAAGAUGUGCAGUAUUUUGACCUACAUUAUGGUGUCUUGUAUGGGGUUCUGAUCCAAU